CUCAAUUAUGGCGGGUUCUUGUUUUUUCAAGCUCAAAUACGAAAUGAGUGGUAAAGUGCGCCGCCUGGGCGGCGACAUUGACAGCGAUUUGUCGAAUAAUUUCAUGCGCCAUUUUGUGAAUGAUAAAGAAUUCUGUGUUAAGUAAUCACGACGUGUAAAACAAAAUCGGUAAAGUUCAUUACAGUGAUUCUACUACCAUGACCGAGAAGACGGUGGUCGGGAAAUCAGUCGUCAAGCGACACGAGGUAGCUAGACCAGUACACAUUCAAAGAUUAGAAGCUGCUCUGGACAUAAGGCCUUUUGUCAGUCAAGUAGAAAGAAUCCUAAAUUCAGAGGAUGAAACUGAAAGUGAGGAUGACUCUGAUGCUAAAUCUAUUGGGAAUGAAAUGUCCAAAGGAGAUAAAAUAGUCCAUGGAGUAGUAACAACAAAACAAGAACGUCAAAGUGAUAGACUACGUUUGUAUAAUCUUGCAUCAGUUGGUGAAGAAAGAGCAUGGCUUCGUGAUGUCCUCCUCUCAUCUGGGUCAGAAACUAGCAGUGAAGAUGACACACCAGCAGGCAAGGAGCUUAGGCUUCAGCGUAUACUUAAAGAAAGAUCUUACCAUAACAGAUAUGCCAAAAAAUAUUACAAGGAUCCUGGGAAUUCCCGUUACAUGUAUUAUGGAGCUGGUUUGCUUUCAACUGUAGACCGGUACCCAGAGAGGCGUAUAAGUCGCGCAGCACCCAUACCUCAAUCAACUAGGGGCCGGAGAGGUAGACCUGAGAGAGGUUCUAUAAGAGGUGUACAAAAAUCAAGACGAGGUCGUACAAGGGAAACCAAGGCAUGCAACGAAAACAGUGGAGAUGCUCCGGAUGGUGUGGAUUGGGAAGAACAGCUACGCAAUCUCAAACAGGAGAAUGACACUGAGGAAUACAGUCCAGUCAUAGAUAAACCAGGAGUAAGGGGUCGCAAGAAGUUGUCAACACUAAAAAGUCCUGAAGCUCUAACCCUGCGACGUAGACGACACUGGCUAUUGCUCGUCAAGAAAGAGUUGGGUAAAGUGCAGCGAGCGAGGACAGCUACGCAUAGAGAAGUGAUGCUACAAAGGAAGAGAUUAGCCACACUCUGCUGCAAACAUUGGAGACAUGUUGCCAUGCAGUCUCAGAAGAAUAUGAAGGAGACAGUAUGGCGAUGUAAACGGCUUAGUCGUGAGAUGCAAGCUUACUGGAGGCGAUAUGACCGAGCCGAGCGCGAGACAAGACGACGAAUGGAGAAAGAGGCAGAGGAACAGAGAAAGAUGGAUGUAGAACUGAUGGAAGCUAAACGGCAAAGGCGCAAGUUGAACUUCCUCAUCACACAAACGGAACUAUAUGCUCAUUUUAUGCAACGCAAACUGAACUCUGAGUCGGUGGAUGGUGACUGUGGUGCAGACAGAAUUCUUAGGCAACUCGAUGAAGAUAGGGAUCCGAGGUUGGCGUGGAUUGACCAAUAUGACAGCGAAGCGAUGAAAGCUCGCGCUUCACGCAACGCCCGAGAAGCUUUCCACGCGGAACGUGCUCGCACUAGACAAUUCGACUCGGCCGCCGGCGCCGAAAGCGAACCGGAAUUGGAACGACGGCCCGGCGACCACGAUCAGCCUACGAUCUUUCAGGGAACACUCAAGGGUUACCAGCUGAAAGGGAUGAACUGGCUCGCCAAUCUGUAUGACCAGGGCAUCAGUGGUAUCUUGGCAGACGAGAUGGGUUUAGGAAAAACAGUCCAAUGCAUCGCGUUCCUUUGUCAUGUGGCAGAGCGUCUGGGUGUUUGGGGUCCCUUCUUGGUCGUGUCGCCAGCUUCUACGCUGCACAAUUGGCAGCAGGAGAUGGAAAGAUUCGUGCCUUCCUUCAGAGUGGUACCGUAUUGGGGCAGUCCGAGUGAACGGAAAAUCCUUCGUCAAUUUUGGGAACGUAAAGAUCUUCAUACGCGACAAGCGGCUUUUCACGUAGUUGUGACAUCAUACCAGAUAGUGGUCUCUGACUUGAAGUAUCUGAACCGUGUUUCGUGGCAGUACAUGAUAUUGGACGAAGCUCAGGCCAUCAAGAGUUCGGCCAGUAUGAGAUGGAAGCUGCUUUUAGGAUUUAGUUGUAGGAAUCGGCUGCUCUUGUCUGGUACACCUAUACAAAACAGUAUGGCGGAGCUUUGGGCGUUGCUGCAUUUCAUAAUGCCGACACUGUUCGAUUCGCACGAAGAGUUUAACGAGUGGUUCUCUAAAGAUAUAGAAAGUCAUGCUGAGAACAAGAGUACCAUUGAUGAGAAACAUUUAUCACGGUUGCAUAUGAUAUUGAAGCCAUUUAUGUUGAGACGAAUAAAGAAAGAUGUUGAAAAUGAGCUUUCCGACAAAAUAGAGAUUAUGGUUCACUGUCCACUUACAAUAAGACAAAAACUUUUAUAUAUAGCUUUAAAAAAGAAAAUAAAGAUAGAAGAAUUAUUACACUAUUCAGUUGGGGCGGAGGCCGGCCAUAAUGUAGAUAAAAACUUCACCUCAAAUCUUAUGAAUUUAGUUAUGCAAUUUCGUAAGGUGUGCAAUCAUCCAGAAUUAUUCGAAAGGCGAGAUGUGAAAUCACCUUUCGCAAUGCAAGUUGACGACUAUCACAUACCCAAGCUGUUAGUUGAAGACGGCAUUUUGAUACGUUCCAUUCCUUCCAAACGCCAUUUAUUAUUCAACAUUCUAUCCGUGCUGAUACCAGAGCACGUGCAUCGGAACGCAAACGAUAGCGAAGGCAUGGAGGAUAGACAGGGGGUCUAUGGGAGCGAUAGAUGUUUCGCUUUCACUAGGUUUAUGGAUUUAUCUCCUAUGGAGUUGUAUAGAGUGAUGUUAUGCGGUUGGUUAUGCGCAAUGCAACAUAUAGAGUAUUGUCUAGAAAAAUACGAGAAACUCAGUCAUAGACAAUGUUGGUGGGAUAGACAUAAGUCUGAUGACAUGAAACAGGAACAAAUGGAGACAGAUGACACACCUGACUAUUACGAUAGAGUGAGAAGCAAAGAUUUGCUGUUGAUAUGCCCAGACGGUGAUGUGUUAGGGCGAAGAAAAGAAGAUAGUACUUUAUGGAAGGAUUUCUUGUUCACCAAUCCAUUGUGGAUAGCAGGUGGACCAUUCUAUGCUCACUUAGACCACACAAUACAUUAUAUGCCAGAGACGAUAGAGCACAGGGCUAUGCGCAUGCACAAUCUGAGAGAAAACGAAGUGCAGUCGGAAAUGCUAACUGAAAUAAAGACUGAGGAAGGUGGGGUUAUACCGGUGCAGCCGACGGAAACUGAAUUUCCUCACGUUGAACGCGCGCCGAUACUCCGGAGGAACGUGCCCACGCCGAUAAUGGCCUGUUUGUACACAGCACAACAGAAGGUGUGUGCGAACACACGUGUCCCGUUCGCUGUAUCACGCAGCUUCGCUUACCACGUGACCCGUCACCAACACGCGGAGUGUCGCGAGGGCAGUGACACGUUGACACGCUUAGUGGACGCCGCCAGACCACCAGGCGGAUGGGCCACGUUACAAGUACCUGUUGACAUGACACCCGGCUCGGAACUUAAUAACUACCCCGCCCCGCGCGUCAUCCCACCGUCGCCUUUCAGUAGCGACAGCAAAACAGUUAGCGUUUAUACGCGUCUUUGCGCUAGAUUUUUGACAGAAUUUAAUUUUGUCGAUAAGAACCAGUUAGUGAGUGAUGCCGGAAAGUUGACGGUAUUAGAUUCAUUACUGAAGAGAUUAAAAGAGAGAGGGCACAGAGUUCUUAUAUACAGUCAGAUGACCAAGAUGAUCGAUUUAUUAGAGGAAUAUAUGUGGCAUAGAAAGCAUAAAUACAUGCGGUUAGACGGUUCAAGUAAAAUCUCGGCUCGUCGUGACAUGGUUGCAGAUUUUCAGGCCCGCACUGAUAUCUUCGUAUUUUUAUUGUCUACGCGCGCCGGAGGUCUUGGCAUUAAUUUGACUGCUGCUGAUACUGUGAUAUUUUAUGAUUCGGACUGGAACCCAACAGUGGAUCAACAGGCAAUGGACAGAGCACACAGACUGGGACAGACCAAACAAGUCACCGUAUACAGACUAAUAUGUAAGGGAACAAUUGAGGAACGUAUCAUGCAGCGGGCGCGAGAAAAGAGUGAAAUCCAAAGAAUGGUGAUAAGUGGUGGUAAUUUCAAGCCAGAUACGCUAAAGCCGAAAGAGGUCGUCUCGUUACUUUUGGACGACGAAGAAAUCGAGCUCAAGUAUCGCCAAAAGUCAGAAGAGAAAAAGUUGUUUGAAGAUAGAGAACGUAAAAGGAAAUUGGGACUUCUACCACCGCAACCGGUACCUGUGGAGACGAAACGUCCUCGUGAUUCAGUAUCAGAACCCGGUAGUCCGCUACAAGUGGACGACGACUGCGAUAACCUUGUAGUGGAUGCACCACCGUUACCUGUUGUGCCUAUGUCGUACUCGCCCCCCGUGCGGUCUAGUCCGUGGGGCGUGAGUAGGUCCGGGCGCGGGUCGCGGCGCGGUCGUCCGCGCGGCUCGCGGCACGCGGCCACCAGGCGACCGGACGCGGCACUGGCGCAGGCGGACAACGCGCUAGCACUAGCCGCCGGUGCAGCGCUAUUGGAGUCUGACGCGCCUCUAGAGAGCAUAGAGGCGGGGGCGGGCGCGGGGGCGGGUCGCGGCGCAGAGCGGGGCGUGCGUCGGGGCCCGGGCCGGCCGCGCCUGCGCACCGCGGCACCCCCGCGCGGGCCCUCGCGCCGGCCCCGCCGCCCGCGCGAGCCCCUGCUCGUGCCCCUAGCGCCGCCACCAUAGCGCAAGGAUUUCAUUCAACACGAAGGGCAUACUUGACAUUGACGUCGAGAUGUGAAACCCACCUCUAGUGCAAUUUUGAAUGUACAAAGGAACUUUUUUGUAUUGAAUAACAAUUAAAUAUUAGGCUUCAAAAGUUCGAGAAACUUUUUUUAACUUGAGAAUUGUAAAAAAUCUAUAAAGAUUAUGUUGUUCACUAAUGUAUAAAUAAUGGAUUUGAAGGUAUAUAUAAAUAAUUAGCGUUGGUUUCGUUUUUUGUUUACGUUGUAAUUUAUUUGAUUUUAAAUAUUGUGACAAAGGUGAAAAAUUAUUUAUCACACAAUUAGACGUCGAACAAAUUUAUGUGAAGUAUUAUUUCAAUAUUUACUUAUAUGUUAACUUUAAUUUAAAUGAAAUAAACAUGUAUCUUUGUUUAAUGAAAAAAAUCACUUAUUUAUUGUAAAUAGAAUUCGCAUUAUUUGUAAAAAUAACUAAGAUUAUGUUGGACCCAAUUCUGUUUCACGUUAUUUCAAUCACCAUUUUUUUUAUGACAGGAAAAGGGCGGGUUGCCAUUUAAGAGAAUUCAAUUGUCAAUUUUAUCUUACUUGUUUUAAAGUGCAUGUUAGAAGAAAGCAUAUCUUUUUUUUUAUAGAAUGUAAAUUGUUGUUUUCCUCUGUUCUGUUUUAUCAGCCUUAUGAUUGUAAUGAUGUUAAUCUUACCGAUUGUUACAGAAUUGAGCCUAAUGUAUUGUAUGUAUUUCAACAAAAUAUUAAAAUUUUGUGCUCGGAGUUGUGUACGCAAUCCAAAUAAUACAACAUUGUAACAAAGACAUGGAAAUGGUUGAAAUAAAUGUGAUAACAUAAGUGUUUGUUUUUUUAGGGUUCCAUACCCAAAAGGUUAAAACAGGUCACUGUUACUAACACCCGUAUCUAUAUUUGAGGGAAGUAAUAACUUGAAAAAAUGUAAUAACUUAAACGUUAACCAAUAGACGAGAAUUUGAAGUUCUAAUAGUAUUCUAUAUAACUAUUAACUGUUCUUACUUCACUGAAAUCCUUGUUUAUUGGGUAAUAAUAUUAUAAUGCUUAAGAUAUGACAUAUCCUCAAAUAAUUACUUGUCUCGAUUAUACGGAUACAGAGGUAAGAUUCCGGUAAGAUUCAUGGACCGUGUCAGCUAGACAGUUCAAAUUUUCACAGAUAAUGUAUUUCUUUUGCCUAUAUUAUUCCUAAUAUUAUUCAUACCUGAUUAUAAAGUUAUGAUUUUGUCUUUAACAAUAACGAAUUUCCAUACAAACUUUAAAUCCCUAUUUCAACUUUUUUA